UCCAAAACGGCUUCGGCGGAGCUACUCCUUGCCCUGGAGGAAGUGUCCGCCUACGCGGCUUUGGUCCAAGAACCGUGGAUAGCGUCGGGCAACACGGUGGCUGGACUGAAGUCGCCUAACUAUGAUUUAUACGUCCCGACAUUGCAAUGACGAUCUAACCGUGGUGGUGCUGGAGAGCCGUGAAGGAUGUUUGCUGCUGGCAUCCUGUUAUAUGGCCCACGACAAGCCGGCUCCACCUGACGAGCUGCGGAGGCUGGUGGACAUGGUCUGCUCCUCCAAGAAGCAUAUUAUUAUCGGAACGGACGCCAACGCCCACCAUAGCGUCUGGGGAAGUCCCGACAUCAACGACAGGGGUGAGUCAGUUCUUGAUUUUAUCCUUAACCAUAAGCUUAGACUAGCCAACAGGGGUGAGGUAUCUACCUAUGUAGGUCCCACCUCCAGUAAUGUGCUGGACUUAACGAUUUCAACUGAGUGUACCAAUGUUGAAGAGUGGAGGGUCCUGGAUAGACCCUCCUUCUCGGACCAUAAGUACAUUCAAUUUACCAUUCCUUUUAACAGGGUACCUGCGGCUCAGCCGUUCAGAAAUCCCCGUAACACGAACUGGGCGAAAUUCUCUAGCCUUGUUUCCAAGUCUCUUGGUUCGCCGGGUAAUAUCAACUCGGUCUUCAUGGAGAACCUUUUGCUCGGACCUGGAUAA